AUGGAUUUAGUAUUAGGCAAAAAGGGUUUAGAUUUUGCUCUAAGACACAAGAAGUGGAUUCUACUUGCACUAAUAAGUGGUUAUGGUGCUUUCAGAGUUUAUCAUUCUCCUUCCAUUUCCCAGAAAAGAAAGCGAAUCUCUAAGCUCUUUACUCUUCUUCUCAACCUCGUCGAAGCAGCAACACAUUCCGCCGAAGCGGUUAACAUAAUCUCAAAGGAUCUAACGGCGUUUCUCGGCUCCGAUUCGAAUCAAAUCCCAAACAGCUUGAAACAGAUUUCCAAAAUCGCCAAAUCGGAUGAGCUCAAUUCUUCUUUGACCAGAUUCACACAAGCCGUAACCGUUGGGUUACUCAGAGGAUGCCGGUCAGAUUCCGGAUCGGGUUUCACGGACCGGGUUAUGGAUAAGCUGUUCACGAAAUCAGGGUCCGGUUUUGCGUCUGCGAUCGUUGGUAGCUUCGCUAGAAACUUAGUCGUCGCGGCGAAAUUCUCUGGUUCGAAAUUGCUCGACGCGGUUUGCUCCGACGACGGGAGAAAACUAAUCGGCGAUUGCGUUCAGCGUUUCGUUGUAAGCUCAAGAUUGUGA